AUGUAUAUAAGUUUAUAUAUUUCAUUAAAAAACAUUAUAUUAUAUAUCGCCGAAACAAAAGAAAAAAUGAAAGCAGGAAAUUAUUUAUUACUAUCAGAAAAAAUUUAUGGUGAACUCAGUGAAACGAAUUUUGUCUUUGAUACUAAUGAAACGUGUAAUAUGUAUAAAGAUUCUUUUUCUAAACAUGAAGGUAUAAAUGAUAUUUGCAAAAGACUUUAUAGUAUAUUGAAGGAGAUAAGUAAAAAAAAAAGGGGCGAUUCGUCUGAAGUAAAUAAAUGCAAUUUUUUGCAUUAUUGGUUAUACGAUAAAGUAAUAAAAUCAAUAAAGGAUAAAAAUGAAUCUAUAUAUUUUGACAUUAUUACUAAAUUUUUAAUCGUCUGGAAUAAAAUUAUCGAAGAUUUCAAUCCAGACAAUUAUAAGUGUCUUUAUGAUUCAGGAUAUCUUCAUAAUAUUAGCAUAAAGGAUUUUAUAUUAAGAAAAGAUAUGUAUGAUUAUUAUUAUAAUUAUAAGGAAAUUCAAUUGAAUAAUUUAUCUAAUUUAAGUGGGUGCCGUGAAACUUGUGAAUACUUGGAAUAUAUGAAGAAUAAAUAUAUUGAAUAUAAAUCUGAAUGCUCGGAAACAUCUAUUAAUGGAAAUAAAUAUGUAUGUAUAUUUAAUGAUUUAAAUAAAUAUGAUCCUGCUGAACUUAUUUCUACAUGUAAUUGUGAGUCACUUGAAUAUAAAGAAGAGUUGUCAGUGCCUAAAGGUAAUAAAACCUUAGAACAGAGUGAAUUAUCUACUACUUCACUUAUGAAUAACACUAAGAAAGUAGAUAAUAUCUCUUUUUUUAAUGUUCGUCGUCUUUUAAUAAUAAUUUUUUGUUAUAUAAUUAAGCUUAUAAAAAAAUAUAUAAAAAGUACAUGCAUAUUAUAUAUUUUACUAUUGAACAUUAGAUAUAUGCCUUAA